CGAAUGUCAUUUAUGAUCCUAACCUGACCCACGCUGGGGGUGUUGAUUAGGCCAGCGGCACACAGGAGUUGGGCACGGUAGAGUGGAUAGUUGAGAGAGGAAUUGAGUCGAAGUUGGUGUGUUGGGAAGCGAAAUGUUUCGUGCCAAAGAACUUUUCAUCGUCUUCUCUGUGCUACUGGUACACAGCUAUGCAAUUAUCAGGGUUCCUUUGCACAAGGUGCGGACGGCAAGGCGUCAGAUGAGCGAUAACGGCAUGAGUGUGGAGCAACUUUUAGCGCUCAGCCGGGCUAACAUUGACCUGGCGCAAAGAGGAGACCCACCAACGCCAGCGCCCACCUCAGCUCCAGCCCCGGCCGAGAAACUCACCAACUUCAUGGACGCCCAGUACUUCGGCGUGAUAAGCAUUGGAACGCCACCGCAGGAAUUCAAAGUGCUGUUCGACACCGGCUCUUCAAACCUCUGGGUUCCCUCAGUCCACUGCUCUUUCCUUGAUAUCGCCUGCUGGCUGCACCAUCGCUACAACUCCAGGAAGUCCAGCUCCUAUGUGAGGAACGGCACCAAGUUCGCCAUCAGGUACGGCAGAGGCAGCCUCUCCGGCUUCAUCAGCGAGGACACGGUCAAUCUGGCAGGUGUGAACGUUCCAGGGCAGCAGUUCGGCGAGGCAGUGCAGCAGCCUGGCAUUGUGUUUGCGGUGGCACGCUUCGACGGCGUGUUUGGCAUGGGCUACCCCACCAUCUCCGUGGAGAAGGUCACCCCCGUUUUCGACCAGAUCAUGGCCAAGAAACUGCUGCCUCAGAACAUUUUCUCCUUCUACCUCAACAGGAACACGCAGGCUCCAGUGGGUGGAGAGUUGAUGCUGGGGGGCACUGAUCCACAGUACUACGAGGGGGAACUCCACUACGUCAACGUCACACGCAAGGCCUACUGGCAGAUCAAGAUGGACGCAGUUGAGGUUGGCAAUCAGCUGACUCUGUGUAAGGAUGGUUGCCAGGCGAUUGUUGACACGGGGACGUCUCUGCUGGUGGGACCUGCGGAAGAAGUGAGGUCACUCCACAAGGCCAUCGGAGCCCUGCCACUGCUCAUGGGCGAGUACUGGAUUGAGUGCGGCAAGAUCCCCAACCUGCCCGUGGUUUCCUUUAACAUCGGGGGGAAACUCUUCAACCUGACUGGGGAAGACUACGUCCUACAGGAGAGUCAGAUGGGAGCCAAGGUGUGCCUGUCCGGCUUCAUGGCACUGGAUGUGCCGCCCCCUGCUGGGCCUCUCUGGAUCCUGGGAGACGUCUUCAUCGGCCGCUACUACAGUGUCUUCGACCGAGAUAACGACCGUAUCGGCCUGGCUCCUGCCAAGUGAGCUGGGGGAAGUGCAUGUGAUGUAACGUGAUGUCCUGUUGCAGUAUAAUGUCCACACGCUCCACAAGGCCUCUGUGUCCGCCUGUUUCUCAUUGGCGCCCCCCCCCCCCACUGAAAGACACAAACAAGAACAAGGCCAGCUGAUGACGGACCAGGCCAAGAAUGGGUCUUGCAGGUUCCCCUUGGAACUAAUUAGGGUCACAAUUUUGGUGCCGAUUCCCUCGCUGUCCAGUUCUCCCCUGCUGUUUUGGGUACUGUCCACUUCUGCUUUUUUUAAAAAGGAAAAACAAAAUCGCGUUGCUUAUGUUUUGGUAAAGGUACACUGGUUUGAUGUAUGUAUUUUUUUUAAAUGAGCUUUUUUUUUCUUGGUACAGUAAUUUAAUGUUUGAAUGAUCAGUGACUGUUUUGGAGAAGUGUUUUUUUUUUGUGUGUGUGACCAAAGGUGUUUACCGAGUGAAAAUCUAACCUCAUGUGUAACCUGCUGUACAAAUGGCUAAUUAUAAUCCCCUCUGCACUCUACGAGGAUGGACCUUUCACUGCCCACUCCAUAUUCUAAUGAUUGCCAUUCUGUACCAGAGGUGAUUGUGCUUCCAGCUUUAAUAAAUACAUUUACACACA